AUGGACAUCGAGAACAAUGAGGUCCUCAAAAUGCUUCGGUUUACCGCUUUGGCCAUCCGUGAGUCCCAACUCGUCUAUGGGAGCAACAUGGACGUCUAUAAACAGGAUCCGAAACAAAGGGGAUACUAUCUCCAGUACCAUUUUGGGGCCACACGCCCUAACAAUGGAACGGAUCUAAAAGCUGAGGAAAUUCUGAAAGAAGAGGUGAAAUCGAUGCCCCGUUUGGUUGAUGCGACCGCUUGGGAGAAGUGGAAAGAGAUCGCACGAAUGACCGCCGAAGAACACUUUGACACGGCUCUCUUCUUGUAUUGUGCCUUGGGAAAC